AGUAAAAGUUUGUUAUAUACAUACUUUUUUUUGUAGAGACAAAUAACAUGUUUUAUUUGUAGUAGAACUGAUAUAGAGAAUUCGUUAUUAUGAAAAAUGAAAACAAUAUAAACAGGUGAAAUUGGUAGACAAUUGACUUUAACGAGAAUGCCUUUCAAAAUGCACGGCCAAGAUGAAUGGCGGAGAAGAGCAGCGGAGUGGGAAGGUACAAUGAAAGGACCGAUCAUUUACAUAUUCUACUCAGUGACAGAAGAUCACUAUUGCAAAUCCAACAACUCGUGCUGUAAAAUGAUGAGAAAACUUCAAGCUAUUCAUAGGGAAAAGAAGCACUUUCCGGACAUCAGAUACAACUUCUGCAUUGGAGGAAACGGCCAUGUUUAUGAAGGUCGAGGGUGGAAGAUUCGCCCAUCCCUUCCAAGCAAAUGGGUUGAGUUUCAACCGAGAAGUUUGUUUGUAGCCCUAAUCGGCCAUUUCUAUGAUUGUAAUCCUACAGAAAAGAUGUUUUUUGCAAGAAGAAAACUGCUGGAAUACGGAGUAGCGAGGAAGUACAUUUCAUCUAAAGUAUUGGAAGUUCACGUUCCUCCUGAUCUUGUCCCUAAUUAGGUUAAAAUAUGUAUUUUAAUUCGAUAUUUUGAAGUAAAAUAUCCCACUAAACAACUAUUUGAACUCACAAAAAUUAAAUAUUACACAGACAUCAUUCGAAUUUCCUUUUUUUAGAUCGGGUCCCGACGGAAAGAAUGUUUAUCACACGAAGAAAGCUAAUUGAAUAUGGAGUCAGAAACGAGUUUGUGGCACCUAAAGUUUUGGAAAUUCGUGG